AUGUCAGCUGACUUCUUGGAACAAGGAAGGUUGCAGCUCUUAGCUGCUUUUUUGCGCUCAGUGUGCUUGCUCAUGCAAAACCUCUUUAGGAAGUGAAAUGAAUGGCUAGCUGUAUUUAUUAUAGUUAUGAUGUGUAAAUUUCCGUUGGUAUUAUAUACCCUUUUAGUUUGUGGUGCAAUAUGCCAAGAUAAUUUUUCCAGCAUAAAACAUACUGCAUUUGGUACUAAUUCAACAAAAAAUAUUGAGUGCUCAUCAUAUCACAAAAGAACAAAUAAUUCAAAUAUUUGUCAUUAUGUGUCUACAUUACCUGCUUGUCAAUUUGAUGAUGGUUACAUUCCUUACAUCAUCUUUCCAUUUUGUUUCUUUCCUGAAAGCUUCUAUGUGGGAGGGUACAUAAUAAUGUUUUUAUGGUUGAUGUACAUGUUUAUCGCUCUUGGUGUUACUGCAGAAGAAUUUUUUUGCCCUUGUUUAAAAAGCAUAUCCAAAACCCUACGGAUGAGUGAUAGUGUUGCUGGCGUAACCUUAUUAGCUUUGGGAAAUGGAGCUCCAGAUAUAUUUAGUGUUAUUGCAGCUGUGGACAAUGCUGAUGAAAAAACCACAGCAAUGGCUUUUCAGGAGUUAUUUGGAGCUGGAAUCUUUGUCACAACUGUUGUUUCAGGAUUCAUAAAUAUCAGUGCUUCUUUUAAACUAGCACGGCGUCCAUUUAUACGUGAUGCUAUUUUUUACUGUGCAGCUGUGGCGUGGACAUUUGUCAUAAUGUAUCGAAGAGAUAUAAAUACAGCGGAAGCAAUUGGUUUCAUUGCUUUGUAUGUUAUUUAUGCUUUCAUUGUUAUCAUUGGGCAAUGUGUGAAUAGAAGAAUACGACAUCAGUCUGCAAGCAGAAAAAGAUUAAUUACGGUAACGGAAGAUGAUGAAGUUGAACACCCAAAUCAUGUAACACACGUCAUCGAAGACUUGAAUGAAAGUGCUGCAUUUACUUCUUACAAUUAUUCGAUUGAUCAUGCACAUAUGAUAAAAGAAAAUUUACAUGCUCCUUCACAAAGUGCACAAACUGUCAACGUUAUCAAUGAAGAUUUAUCAGAUUUAGCAGUUAACGUGCAUAUUGGAGAGGUUUCUCUUGUUGAAAGAUUAAUUGGUAUCAAAUCAAUUGACUGGAAAUUUCAAUCUAUUAUCUCAAAAGUUUUUAGCAUUGUGAAGUUGCCAAUCAUUUUUCUACUCAGUAUCACAUCACCCAUUGUGGAUCGAGAUGUGCAGGGAGAAAAAUGGAAUAAAUGGUUAUCAUGCUUACAAUGUUUGACUGCACCUGUCUUUUGUGCAUUUGGAAUCAAUAAAUAUUCUGUUAUUAUUUACAAAGGAUUUUUGUUGUGGCAUUUGUUACUCGUGGUUGGUUUUGUCUUAAUGAUUGUAUUAUAUACUACUACUUUACUCAACACACCGCCACGGUUCCACUUUAUGUUUGCAUUUGCUGGGUUUUUUGUUACCGUGAUUUGGAUCAAAUCAUUGGCGCAAGAAAUUGUCAACCUGUUACAAUCCUUUGGCUGGAUCUUUGGCUUAACAUAUGGUAUAAUGGGGUUGACAUUUCUGGCUUGGGGAAACAGUAUUGGUGAUUUUAUUGCAAAUUUAACCAUGGCUAAACACGGUGCACCGAGAAUGGCUAUUGCUGCAUGUUACGGAGGACCUUUGCUCAAUAUGUUGUUAGGUGUUGGUAUUUCAUGCACCAUAUCAGCACUUUCACACAAUGGUCAUGAAAGGUUGAUCCAUGGCCGCACGCAGUAUAUUAUAUCGGCUGCAUUUCUUGGUGUCAGCCUACUAUCAGCAUUGAUUUUUUUUCCUAUUUUAAAAUUUAAAUCCACGAAGUAUGUCGGUUUUUAUCUUAUCUUUGUAUAUUUCUCUUAUCUUGUAUUAUCUGUACUACACGAGACAGGAAUUUUUCAUAUUAGGUAGCAGGUUGUAAUCUAAUAUUCUGUCAAUUGGAGUUUAUUGUUGAAUUUGAAUUUUCAAAUUUAAUAAAAAAGCUUACUAUAAUUACUUAAAAAAAUACUUAAGUCUAUUUUAUAGAAAUUGAAGGAAUAAUACUCCAAGCUACUAUUCCAUUUUGGGAUAUUUAACACUGGGUAGAAUAUUAAAUAUUUGAUCUUUCCAAGUGAAAAUCUGUUAAAUAUUCUGUUUAGAACUUGUAAUUAUAUUGUAUAGAGUAAAUUAUUAACAAUUGAUUUAGAGUCCCCUUUUUUUAUAAACAAUCCCAAAUUCCAAAAAAUCGCCCCAUACAUUUCCAACAAGUAUUGCUUAAGCCCAAAUGGAAACAAUCACUAAACAAUUUUGGGCAUUUUCCCCAAAUAGGUAAACAAUGUUUGAAAAUGCAAACAAUCAAUUGUUUAUAAAAAAAGGUGUAUAGAUUUAAUUUUUAUGUAUUAAUUUUAAAGACUAUUUUUUUAAGUACGUAGGAUAAUAAAAAUAUUUCGUUACUGGAAAUACUAAUUUGGUUAUUGUUGUUGUUGUUUUUGUUGUUGUUGUUUGUUGUUGUUGUUGUUGUUGUCGUUGUUUUUGUUGUUGUUGUUAUUGUUCUUGUUUUUGUUGUUAUUGUUGUGGUUGUGGUUGUUGUUUUAAAUUAGUUUCUUGCCGAAAAAGAGUUCUGUUUUAUACUGAAUGGAACUCAUUGGAAAAUCAGGUUUGUCCUGCUGGUCAUUUUAUGCAGGUCUUGUCACGAAUAUGCCGGUCGUCUGACACAGCUCAGUAACAAACCUAAAAGCAUGCUUAAGUAUUUUUAUGAGUUUAUCUCGGUUUGGCACAGCAUAAACCUUAGAUCUCCAAUGUUGGAAUUCCGUGUUUUACUCUUUUAAGGUCCCUGACAAUAUUAUAUCUAUUUUGGACCUGUUAAUAUCUUGGUAUUUGUAAAUGAAUGGGUUUUUUCAAAGUGCUAUAGCGAAAAAUGCAGUCAAAUGGAAAGGAGUCUUAGUUUGAAUGUAUAUGUGAUAUUUAUUAUCGUUAUAUAAUUUUGUUUGCAACUUUUACAUGUAUGAUAAACAUUAUUAAAAAAAAGUUUAAUAUUUAAUGUUAUGUAAUUUUUGUAACAAAGAAGGAUUUUUUAAAUUUAGUUUUAACGUGCGCAAUUUUAUGUUGUAAUGUUGUAAUGUUUUCAUUUUUUUGGAAAAAUUAAUUUUUUUGUAUUUAAUUUUUGAAUUGCAAUGAGAAGAUCCAACAUUAUUCUUCCGCUAAUAUGCCCAACCCAUGUAUGUAUAAGCCCAUAGUAUUUGAUUGUCACGAACGAAGAGAUACUUGAAUUCCUGGUAGUGGCGGUGGUCCAACCUGCAUAUAUUUGUGCAGCAAAAGUUCAUAAAAAAUAACACAAAGAAAUAUAAUAAAGAAGAAGAAAAUAUCAAAUAUCAGUGAGCAAAAUAAUAGGCUUAUACGCAGGUGAGCCUUUAUGCAAGCGGGUUUAUCUGCGGAAGAAUACGCUAUUGGUAAUUUUUGUAAAAGUAUCAGCAUUUUCACAAUGUAAAAUUUCGUCUAGAUGAAAUUGUUUUAGGCGUGCUUGAUUAAUUAAAUAAUUUAUUAAAAAUAUUUUUGAGGAAAUUUGUGUUUUUUUUUUGUAUUUAUUCGUUAACUUUUGGAACUUGAUUGUCGAGAAGGGUGCGGUAGCAAAUGGUGGGGAUAAGUUCAAACCUCACCGGUAUAUACGUUUUAAAAUUUUACUUGGACACUGAAGUUAAUUUUCGUUAUUCUGAUAAGUGAAAUAUAUAUGUUCAAGCAUAGAGAUAAAACACAUAUCAUACAAGAAAAUUUAAAAUGUCAAACUGUUGUCAAAGCUAAAUACAUCUGCUGGAAAAUAUUACAAACUCCCCUCGCCUGACAAUAACAAUGAGUUCCCUUACUUUUAGAUUAUUAUUCAGCAAUCUAUUUUCAAACACCCAACUCUUCUCUAUUUUGAAAGGUCUUUUCAAAAGUCCUCAAUUUUAAUUUUAAAACUCGUCAUGUUUUUACAGCAAUAAUUUGUUCUUUAUUCAUGGUUAAAUUUCUUUGACAAAAAUAUGAAAAUACGUAUACGGUCUCAAAGAUAAGGUCUCAAAGAAAGUAAAAAAUUCUCAUCAAAAGUCCUUUUCUUCAAAUUCGACUAUUUAAAAUGGUUUUUUUGUUAAAAAUAUCAAACAAGAUUUUAUAUACAUUAUAUUCAACAGCUCUUUAAGCCGCGCAGCCAAGCAUGCAAAAAUUCUCAAAGGGGAGAAAUAGUUCCAUCCAUUUUGCAACCUAUGUUACUUCAGCUUUCUUAAUUAAUGUCGAAGUACCCUUUAUUUUUUAUAUGGAAAAUGAUCCCAGGAUUUAUCUUUUUUGUCACACUUAUUUUAAUAUAUUUUUUAUAAAAUUGUUGAUGUUUUU